GAACUCACGAACCGACAUACGAUUGACGAUUGACGACUAUAAUAGUGUAGAGUCAGUACUAGGACUCGUCCAGAUAGACUAGUGCUCUAGCCUCGUUCCGAUUCUUCGAGGUGAAACUUCCCAAGGUCCAGCUGCUUGCCGACCGAGUUUCGAUUUCCAAAGAAGCUAUUUAAGAGAAGCUUCAGUCGCCGUCUCUGGGGGAAAUAGAAAGCCUGUGAGAAAAGAAAAAAAGUCACACCAAUCACCAGCCAAAAUGUCUACAGCUCUUCGUACGCUGAGGGCGUAUGCCAAGUAUGGCAACAACCACUCCGCCCUCCUAGCGCGAUGCUUCUCCACCACCAUCCGUCGCCCCGAGAUCAACAAGCUCUACCCCUCCGCCUCCGCCGCGCUCGCCGACAUGAAGCCCAACAGCACCCUCCUCUGCGGCGGCUUCGGCCUCUGCGGCGUGCCCGACACUCUCAUCGACGAAGUGAUCCACAAGCCCGAAAUCACCGGUCUGACCGCCGUCUCCAACAACGCCGGCACCGACACCUCCGGGCUCGGCAAGCUGCUCAAGACCAAGCAAAUCAAGAAGAUGGUCGCCUCCUACAUCGGCGAGAACAAGACCUUUGAGCAAAUGUACCUGACCGGCGAAGUCGAGCUGGAACUCACCCCCCAAGGCACGCUCGCCGAGCGCUGCGCAGCAGGCGGCAAAGGGAUCCCCGCGUUCUACACCCCCGCCGCGUUCGGCACCGUCGUGCAAACGGGCGAGUUGCCGCUCAAGAACAAACCCGACGGCACCCCGGACGUCUUCAGCUACCCCAAAGACGUCAAGGUGUUCAACGGCAAGUGCUACCUCCUCGAACACUCCAUCGCAGGCGACUACGCUUUCGUCAAGGCCUACAAGGCCGAUAGGCUGGGUAACUGCCAGUUCCGACUGGCCGCGCACAACUUCAACGGCGCCAUGGGCCGCAACGCCAAAGUGACCAUUGUCGAGGCCGAACACAUUGUCGAACCCGGCGAGAUCCCGCCCGAGGCGGUCCACUUGCCGGGCAUUUACGUGCAGCGCGUGAUCCAGAGCACGGCGGAGAAGAAUAUCGAGAAAUUCACGUUCGCCAAGGACCCGAAUGACCCGGAAGCGAAGAAGUCGGCUUUGGGAAGCGGCGAGACGGCCAACAAGCGCGAGCGCAUCGUGCGUCGGGCGGCGAAGGAGUUCAAGAACGGCAUGUAUGCCAACCUCGGAAUCGGCAUGCCGAUGCUGGCGCCCAACUUUGUCGAGGAAGGCGUUGAGGUGCUGUUGCAGUCGGAGAACGGCAUUUUGGGCCUGGGCCCGUACCCGAAGAAGGGCGAGGAGGACGCGGAUCUGAUCAAUGCUGGUAAGGAGACGGUCACGCUGGCGCCGGGAGCGGCUGUGUUUGGGUCCGAGGAGUCGUUUGGCAUGAUUCGUGCUGGACGCAUCAACUUGACGAUUUUGGGCGCCAUGCAGGUCAGCGCGAAUGGCGACCUGGCGAACUGGAUGUUGCCGGGUAAGGUCAAGGGGUUCGGUGGUGCUAUGGAUUUGGUGAGUAACCCGGAGAAGACCAAGGUGGUGGUGACGAUGGAGCAUACGGAUAAGAAGGGCAAUGCCAAGAUUGUCAAGCAGUGCGCGUUCCCGUUGACGGGCAAGGCUUGUGUGUCGAGGAUUAUUACUGAGUUGGGUGUGUUCGAUGUCGACUUUGGCAAGGGUCUUACUCUUAUUGAGAUUGCUGAUGGUGUCACUGUUGACGAGAUCAAGGCCAAGACAGAGGCUCCCUUUGUUGUUGCCGAUGAUCUCAAGCCCAUGCUUUAAUUGACAUGGUGAUGAUGAGUGAAGACUGUAUGACCAGGAAUGUGGUGAAAUAGGGUCAGGAGUUGUAUAUACUGUCCUAUCAGGUUUUGGAUGGCAUCAAAAUACUUCUUGUUCUCCUUGGGCCGUUGAAUAUCACAGGGCGUUGUAAAAGACGGAUCUGGUGAUUCCUUCAGUACGUCUCUUUGAUAGCUGUGCAUUCCGACG